AUGGGCCAUGAGUCAUUCAACUGCCCCACCAGAAACAGACCAGAAAGGAGUGCUCAGAGGAGUGAUGUGCAGAGAGGUGAUGCCCAGAGGGGUGACACUCCCACUACAGCUGGUAGGGUAUUCGCCUUGACGGGUGCUGAGGCUUCGACUUCUUCUGACCUUGUGAAGGGGAAGGACAAAGCUUCUGGUAAGGAUGUGACGUUUUUGUUUGAUUUUGGAGCUUCCCACUCCUUUAUUUCCUAUGCUUGUGCUACUAUGCUGGGUGUGCCUUUGUGUGAUUUGGAGUUGAGACUGCAAGUGUCGACGCCCGCUUCUGCUUCGGUAGUUGCUUCAGAGCUGUGUGUUGGCUGCCCUAUUGUUGUGAAUAGGAAAAGGUAUAAGAUUGUGCCAAUAGGAGGUUGA